AAGUUCCUUGCCUCUGCCUCACCGAGCUACGCCGACGUCGAGAAUCCCUUCGUGCGCGCAUUUGCAUUUAGGGCCGCAAGUGGACAGACAGGAGAUGUUGCCUCGUGCUCUGCUCUGCCGUUGGCUCCGUCCGUGUCCAUGUCCAACUUGAUUCACGCCGCGCGCGUUCCUUCACAAUCCCCUGGUAAUCAUCGGAUCUUCACGCUGUCAUGUUUUGGAUUGUGUACUCGUCCGCCUACCCUCCGCUAAGCUGGCUACCUCCAUGUCGGGCGACGACGCAGCGUACGACAUGGCGAUGGAGGUUCUGUUCGACAUCGAGAUGCUCAGCCGUGCCCGCAUCGUGGUGGGCACGCUCGCGUCGCAGGUCACGCGGGUGGCGUGCAGCCUGGGCUCGGCGCGCGGCACGCUCUGGCGCGCGGUGGCGCUGGACAUCGCCCGCGGUGGUCCCGCCCGUCGCCGACCCCUCGCGCAGAGGCGCCUCAACGUCACCGACGUCGCCUGGGUCGCCCCGGCGGGCGGGGGCUGAGAGCCCGGCGGCCCCAGGGCGGGCGGGGUGCGUGCCGAGAUUGCGCACGGCCUCGCAAGCGCUCUCGCCGCGCCGAA